AUGGCGUUUCUCACCAAAAGGACGAAAACUAAGCCAAAACAAUCAAACCACCCGUCAAUCAAUCACACCAAUCAGGGCUACAAUCUUGCUGAAUUCCGCAUUUGUAGUGUGCUAUGGGCGUUGCUGAUGUGCGGAGGUGUUUUGCGGUUCAAGGAAGUCAACAAUGUUCGAGAUCAUUUUAGUGCCGCAGACUCUCCAUCAAGAUAUGAGUUUGCUGUAGCUCGGGAGUUCUUCCAAGAGCUCGGCAGCCCUUUCCAUGUUGUUGUUGCAUUGAAAGCCGCUGACGAGGGGAACAUACUUCGACCGAAAUAUAUAGAGAAAGCACUCGAAAUCGAAGAUUUUCUUCAAUACAAGCUGAAGGUGGAACAUGAGAACAGAACUUAUGCAUAUUCUGAUUUCUGUGGGACACAAUGUGAAACAAGUGAUGCGGUCAACAUUUUUCUAACAAUGUUCCGAGAUCAACAACGAAAAGGCACCAAUCACGUGAAGCUAACCUAUCCGUCGAUGGAUGUGUUCGGACAUCGCGUCUAUCUAGCAAACAAUAUAUUUCUUGUAAAAACAAACAAUCUAUCGCAAAUUGUUGAGGAGUCUGGUUUAGUGGCGAUUAACUUCCAUGCGAUUUACAAUAACGAGAGCUCAGUAGCUAUUAUGCGUAAAUGGGAAAAGGCCGUCUUCGAGUACUCGCAGUCUACAAUUAAGGACCCUCUUAUUCGCGUUUUCUGCACUAGCGAAGGACUGGUUUCAGAAGAAGUGAGAAGAACAGGUAUCCUGGCUAUGCCACUCAUGGGAGUUACAUUUUUAAUCCUGAUGGUAUUCACAAUCACGACGACACUGCGAAGGGAUCCAGUGAAAAGCAACCCUCUAGAAGCAUUCCUAGGAGUCAUUUGUCCAAUUCUUUCCCUGGUUGCCUCCUUUGGAAACUUGUUCUGGUUCGGCUUUGAAUUUCUGCCAAUCGUCACUGUGGUGCCUUUCUUAAUACUUGCAAUAGGAGUGGAUGACGUCUUCAUUUUUAUUCACGCUUUUCAUCUUACCAAUGACAAGCAUUCUGUUCGAGAACGAAUAGCUGAGACAUUAGCUGACGCUGGUCCCUCCAUUUCUAUCACCUCACUCACAAAUCUGCUCUCAUUCGGAAUUGGAGUAUUCACCAAUACUCCUGCCAUUUAUACGUUUUGUGUGUUCAUAUCAGUUGCCGUCAUAUACGAUUAUAUCUAUCAAAUUUUCUUUUUCUCUGCUGUGCUAACUCUUGGAGGGCAAAGAGAGGCUAGAAGAGGAAACGCAUACGUGUGUUGCUUGACGGUGCCACCGCCAACUAAAAAUGAAAAACAAACGAAACCGAAUUGGUUCGCACGUGCGGCGUCAAGGUUGCUCGCUGUGGUUCUCGAUGCUUGGGUGGACUUCAGCAUGUCUCUGUGGAGCAAAUUCAUUGUGGGAGGUGUAAUGCUUGCAUACUGGGCAGUGAUGAUUCACGGUGUUCGACAGAUUAAGGUGGGAUUGUCGUCAGAAAAACUAUUCCUCGAUGACUCACCGCUUCUGGAACUCGUUCGAAUCCAAACAAACAUCAUCUUUAAGGAAGGCGGACAGGUUGCUGUGUUCGUGAACAAUCCCAGCGAUAUGCACCUACCAGAAACUGUUCCUGAAAUAAUGAGAAUUCUUCGACGAUUUGAGACUACCAAUAACAGCGUUGGAGCAGCUAGUACACACAUGUGGCUACUACCGUAUCUCCCUUAUGUUGGAGAAAAGGAGCAUGGUUCUAUUGACUUCAAGUAUCGAUAUCUCCCCGAAUUCUUUAAGUUGCAAGAAUACAGGAGAUGGAGUCAUUUUGUCAAUCUCGGAGACCAUGCUGAUUGUUUGGCUGAACGACCUUCUUGUCUUCAAAAAUUCGUUUUCUCAACUGGGUUCCACGAUGCUGUCACUUGGACCGAACGACUAAACUUGCUAGAACAGUGGAGGAAUAUUGCAAGCGAAUACAGUCACCUUAAUCUCACAGUAUAUGAGGACUUCUCCAUGUAUUCGGAUCAGCUCCUCUCCAUUGUCCCCGUCACUCAGCAGACGGUGUUCUUUGCCCUCGUUUGCAUGCUCAUUGUCCUCACACUCUUUACACCUUCUCCAGUCACAAUCCUUACAUCCUCAUGUUCGGUACUGUCCAUCAAUUUGGGUGUAUUUGGUUGCCUUGUAUAUUUGAACAUCGACUUGGACCCCAUAUCAAUGACUACUUUAUUAAUGGCCAUCGGCUUUUCAGUCGAUUUUGUUGCCCACAUCACCUGGCAUUACUACAAGGGCGAUUUCCCAAACAAACGAGAAAGACUGCGACAUGCUUUGGCUUCUAUUGCCUGGCCGAUGUUUCAAUCGGGUACUUCGACAAUGAUCUCUAUCGUCGUUCUCACAGCGGUUCAUGCCUAUAUGGUGAAAGUGUUUGUGAAGGUAGUCGUUCUGGUCGUCUUUCUUGGCAUGUGUCAUGGUCUCAUUGUCCUGCCGGUGGUGUUUGCUGCUCUUCCUUUCAAGAAAGCAACAGUAGUGAAAGAAAAAGGACAUCCAUUAGCCGUAGUUGACGUUAAGCAUGGAAGCUUACGGCAGACCGGCCACGCCUGA